AUGUAUCGCAGUGCCGUCCGGUCGACGCCCCGCGCCUUGAGCGCCGCCCGCCAGUCGGCAAUCCGCGCAGCCCCUCGACGAUUCGCCUCGACGACACCCGCCGACAAGCCCCGGUCAUGGAAGGGCUCAGCAUUGAGAUGGGGUCUUGCGGUCGGCGCCGUCUACUGGUACAACACGAGUCCGGUCUUUGCCGAGGAGCCUCUCCCCCGGACGAUCCCGGCCCCUUCCCAGUUCUCCGACUCUGACCUCACCACUGUCGACGCCAUCGUCGAAGAGAAGCGCAAGCGAUCCAUUGUGAAGGCCGAGGAGGCCAAGCCUACGCCUGCCGCUGCCCCCGUGCCGACGGAAUCGAGCGAGAAGACCCAGGAGCCACUCGAGGGCGGCGAGGGCGCACCGGCGCCCGGAUCCCCCGAGGCUCUGGAGGCUGAGGCCGGCCAGCAGGGCGCAUUCAACCCCGAGACGGGCGAGAUCAACUGGGACUGCCCAUGCCUCGGCGGCAUGGCGGACGGUCCUUGUGGCGAGGAGUUCAAGGCUGCGUUCAGCUGCUUCGUCUACUCCACGGAGGAGCCCAAGGGCAUGGACUGCAUCGAGAAGUUCCAGGGAAUGCAGACGUGCUUCCGGAAAUACCCCGAGGUCUACGGCGCUGAGCUAGCCGACGACGACGAGGCCCCGAGGACGCCCAGCCCACUCUCGAUGCCAACACCGACGCCACUAUUGCGCCGCCUUCCCCGCCCCCGAGCUGAGAUCAAGGGCGAGUCAGAGGUGAAGAAGCCCGUGGUCAAGUCUGGCGCUGACAAACAGGCCGAGGAUGCCAAGAAGAUCCCCGCGCCAGAGCCCGUUGACCUCACCCAGCCCAACACCAGGGCGACGGACGCCACGGCAGCCAACAACAACUAG